UAAGGAAGCCGUGUGCAAUUGCGCGCGAUCGACGUGCGCAAAAACAUAAUGAUUUUUUGCCCGGUAAUGAUAAGGCUACUUUGCGCACGCCCUGAUAAGAAUUUUUUAGAUUUUGGUGGUGCGCAAAGCAUUAGGAAAUACUAUAAGAAGGCUUGUCUGCUGAACUACAAUCAUUAAAAAGUUCUUACUAAGUUCAUUUCAAUAUCUUCAUAGAUAAUAUAUAUAAAAACACAAACAUGGGUUGCAAGGCUUGCGGAACAAACUGUCAGUGCUCGACCACCAAGUGCGGCGACAACUGCGCCUGCAGUCAGCAGUGCCAGUGCUCCUGCAAGAACGGACCCAAGGACAAGUGCUGCUCCAACAAGAAUUAAAUCGGUGGACCCUCCCCCUUUAGCUCCUCUGGCUUUUUGUGAUAUUAACUUCUUGGACAAAUAAAGAAACAAUCAACACAAA